CGUAAGUUCCAGAGAGCAGCAGGAAGUGUGAUGUGGCUUUGACUCACAACAAAAAUGUCGGCCAUUUUCAACUUCCAGUCAUUGCUAACAGUGAUUCUCCUCCUGAUCUGUACCUGUGCCUACAUCAGAGCACUGGCUCCCAGCCUGCUAGACAAGAACAAGACCGGGCUUCUAGGAAUUUUCUGGAAGUGUGCCAGAAUAGGUGAGCGGAAGAGUCCGUGGGUGGCUUGCUGCUGUGUCAUCAUGGCUUUUAGUAUAUUGUUUCUACAGUAGCAGCCCAAAGGAAACCACAAAAUGGAAACAUUGGGGAAAUAAACAGAGAACAAGGCAUGGACAGUAUGAUCCUUGAAGCACAACAGGACCUCCAGUGGUUGUCACUUAGAUAAUGUAAAAACGGAGACCGGUCACCACUCGCCGUAGCCACGGAGAGAGAGAAAACGUGUCAGUGUGGGGGGAGGGGGUGGGAGCUGAUAGCCCCAAAGUGUGUCCAGAUCCCUCCACGGACUUCCAGGUCUGUCCUUGUGUUUGCUUAUAUGGAAUGUUUACUCCGGAUGUAUGUGUGUGGGGGGCCAAUGCUUUCUGUUAUCUGCCAUUGAGUUAAAAAGAAUCACAUUCUGGCAUCAUUUGUUUGAUCAAAUGAUACUUUAUCUGUCCAAGCAUUUCAGAUCUUUUCCCUCUUUGAGUUUGUCACAAUUACAUCAACCUGUUUGAAAUUCUAAACAAAAGGACCUUCGUAAAUGUUCAUAACUGUAUUGACCGUCAUGGAGGCUUAUAUUUGUAAACUGAGUAAUAACGAGGUGUGACUUUGAAUCAUCUCAGCACCUUCUUUGUAGCCCGUGCCCUGUUUGUUACAUCUAGAAAUGGUGAUCAGAUUCCACAGCAAACAACAUGCUAGUAUAGCUCCUCAAGUGUCUCAUUGUCCGUAUUUGCCUCAAAGAGCUGCUGAUGUUUUUAAAGUCAGUCAGUUUGCCGCUAUUUAUUAAAGAACCUUUUUGGAAAUCUGGUAUGAGAAGGCUGAUUUCUGUAGUUUACACUCAAUCGUUUUGACUAGUGUUUGCUGUUGACACCUGUUUAUGUACAUUGUAAUAUUGCCACACUGUAAGAUGAAGUGUCAUUAAUAAUAACUUCAAACAUGAAAAAUACACGUUGAUGAUUUCUUAUGAAUGCUUUGUCAAUCUUCUCUCUUUUAAGGGCUUGAUUACUCAUUCUGCGCAUGCAGCAGCUGCUGAGUUAGAGGCAGAUUUCUUGCUUAGUAGAUUAAGAGGAAGCUACGACCCUAAGUAUUGCUGCAUUAGGUCACAUCUGAAGUGUAGUCCUCGGGAUUCCUCAUUGAGUGAGAUGGACAGUGAAGAGUUUGCGAUAACCUCCUCUAUAACCUUGCAGUCAACACUCGUCUUCACAGGGUUUACUGCAAAGAGCUGUCAGCUGAUUGUACCACACAGCAUGGCCUCAGUAGACAUCUGUCUAGCAGUUAGUUCCGGAUAUGUAGAGUGUGCUGCAUAAGAACUGAAAGCUUCAUACUAAGAAGACCUUGAAUGCCUUGAAGAAUUGGACCGAAUUCAGGAGACUGUGGAGGGAGUGGAGAAGUUACGACCUCAUGUAUUUGCCGAUUUAAUUUUCGAACUUCUCAAUUUCAUCUUGUAACUGUGGACAACUGUGUCAGCACAAAAGCAGAAUUCCAGAUGUGACAACAUUAUUCCAAAUGCUGCAUGUAACAAGCUUAGAUUACACGAUUCCGAUGAAAGUUGUGAAGUUGUAACUCCGACAAAGCAUCUGACUUCAUUUAUAUUGUCAGCCACAAAAUUUGACCAAUUUAUCAAAUCUGACAUGUGAUGUUUAAGGAAGCGGUGCACAAUAUGGGCUUGUCAUGAACGUUUGAAAGAAAAGGGCUAAAUCAAAAUCUUCGAGGCAAGUUAUUUAAGUUCUGGUGGUUCUGGUUACAAACAAUCCCACAC